CCAGGGGUCUUACAAAAUUCCCCCCUUUUUAAGAUGCCCCAUGUGGAUAUCAAUUUUUUUAAGAUUUGCUGGAGAAGCGAAGGCUAUGUCUGUUUUUUGUGCGAACCGCGCAAACGCAUUUUCAAGGACUUCAAGUAGCAGUAUAUUACAGCUUUAUACAUCAUCAUUGACAUUGAACAGAAGGUGUAGAGGGAGAAGCAGAAGCAGAGUGAAGAUGAGUUACGAGCAAGAUCUGGCUAUUGCAAUUAAGGCUGUGUCUCUGGCAGCUCGUCUUUGUCAGGGAGUGCAGAGGAGCCUUUUACAGUCAGAUACCCAAUCUAAGAUGGACAAUUCUCCGGUUACAGUUGCAGAUUAUGGUUCUCAGGCUGUGAUUAGUUUCGUACUUGAAAGAGAACUUCCCCCAGGAUCCUUUUCCAUGGUUGCAGAAGAGGAUUCAGGAGAUUUACGGAAGACUGAUGCACAUGAUGUGGCACAACGCAUCACAGAACUUGUAAACCAAACAAUUUCUCUUGAUGGUACUUAUAAUAUUUCUCCAUUGACUAUAGAUGACAUACUUGAAGCCAUUGAUAAAGGUAAAUCUGAAGGAGGGCCUCAUGGUCGGCACUGGGUUUUGGAUCCCAUUGAUGGUACAAAGGGGUUUCUUAGAGGAGAUCAAUAUGCCAUAGCCUUGGGGUUGUUGGAUGAGGGUAAAGUUGUUUUGGGUGUUGUAGGCUGCCCAAAUUUGCCUUGCACAUCAGUUAGCACCAGUGUUAAGCCCUCGAUCGAUCAAAUUGGUUGUAUUUUUUCUGCAACAAAAGGAGCGGGCACUUCAAUGCAAUCAUUGGAUGGUUCUAUACAACCCAAAAGGGUAUAUGUAAGUGCUGUUGAAAAUCCUGAAGAAGCAUCUUUUUUUGAGUCAUAUGAGCAAAAACAUUCCAGGCAUGACUUAUCAGCUGCUAUAGCAAAGAUACUAGGGGUUAAAGCACCCCCAGUCAGAUUAGACAGUCAGGCAAAAUAUGGAGCAAUGGCAAGGGGUGAUGGAGCAAUAUAUCUUCGCUUUCCACAUCCAGGCUAUCGUGAAAAGAUUUGGGAUCAUGCAGCUGGUUGCAUCGUAGUCCAAGAGGCAGGUGGAGUUGUGGUUGAUGCUGCUGGGGAGCCUCUUGAUUUCUCCAAGGGAAGAUAUUUGGAUGUGGAAAAGGGCAUCAUUUCAACUAAUCCCAAGCUGAUGCCGUCGCUUCUUGAUGCAGUUAAAACUGCUACGGAAUAAAAAAGUGUUGGAAGCCAUGGUUCCCUAUAGCAUACUUUAUUUGAAUCAGCAUGAAAAUACAUUAUGAAAACUUAAUCUCGAGAAUCCAAUAAAAAGGGAAGCAAUAUAUGAAAUGAGAUGAGGAGAAGCAUAAAACUAUGACCUAAUACGUCCCAAAAGUGGUACGCAAAUCACUUAGUUGUAUUUGAAUGCCCAAGUUUCAACAAAUGUCCUAAUGCUAAAUAUAAUAUUCCUUACAUCUGUCAUAAAAAUGUCAGCAUAGAUGUCCUCACAACUUGGGUGCUACAAUUUGUCUCAUUCAAAUACUCCAAAGGUGUUUUAUAAUAGUUACAAUGUGUAUCAUUGGUUGGCUAAUCUUGUUGGUCAACACUUGUAACCCUUUCUACAAUUUUCUUAUACAUCAUAAAUGCUACGAUGUGAGGGUCAUAACUUAUGAAAGCUAUAACUUUGAUCUUGUAAGUUGAUUGAACUUCUCUUCUAUUUAAGAUCUUAAAGAACUCGAUGUCAUUGUAACAAAA